AUACUAAUAGCAUGCAUCUUUUUGUUUUUGUUUCAGGUAUUCUCCAGAGGGCACAGUUUGGCUCCCCCUAGUGCAUUUGGCUGGGAUGAACGCCAGCGGCGUUAUGUUUGUGUGAUAUCUAGGACAGACACACUUCAGUAUUUGACACACUCACAAAGAACAGUACAGGGGCUCAUUGCGAUAAACAGUAUUUAGUAAACAAUCUAAAAGUCACAAAAAUAAAAUCCCAAGCUACUAGAAAGCAAAUGAGUACCGUGCUGAGUUAAUUUAUAGUCUAGUAUCUCUUUGAGUUUCAAACGCUUUGGUAAAUGGCUGAACGUUUACAGUUGUAAAGUAACCUGUGGACAAGUUUAAACUGGACGCCAAUUGUGUAAUUUAGUGGUCCGCCUCGUGUCGUUCGUUUGGCUCAUCUGCCGAGAUGCCGCUUGGUCUGGGGCGCAGGAAAAAAGCCCCCCUGGUAGAGAAUGAGGAAGGGGAGCCAGUCCGAGCUGGGAUGAGUCUCUCGGGCCUGGGGGGCAAUGCUGAAGGAAGCCCAGGCCUACAGCCAGGCCUCCCCCCAUUUCCCUCCAAUUUGAGGCCCAGGCUUGUCUUUCAUACCCAGCUGGCUCACGGGAGCCCCACAGGCCGGAUUGAGGGGUUCAGCAACGUCCGGGAGCUCUACAGCAAAAUAGGAGAGGCCUUUCAGAUCCCAGCAGCAGAGGUGAUGUUCUGCACACUCAACACUCACAAGGUUGACAUGGAGAAGCUGCUCGGGGGACAGAUAGGUCUGGAGGAUUUCAUCUUUGCUCACAUCAAGGGCCAGCGCAAGGAAGUGGAGGUGUUUAAGAACGAGGACGGCCUGGGACUCACCAUCACUGAUAACGGGUCUGGCUAUGCCUUCAUAAAGAGAAUUAAAGAAGGGAGCAUCAUUGACAGGAUCCAGGUGAUCAACGUGGGCGACAUGAUCGAAUCCAUUAACGGCCAGAGUCUGAUUGGCUGCCGACACUAUGAGGUCGCCAAGAUGCUCAAGGAGCUACCAAAGGGGCGGGACUUCUGCCUGAAACUGGUGGAGCCAAUGAAAGCCUUCGACAUGAUUGGUCAGCGGUCUGGAGGGGCACGGUCUGGCUCGGCCACACCACUGGGGACUGGCCGAGGAACACUGCGUCUCCGGGCUAAGGGUCCGGCCACAUUCGAGGAAGUGCCCUCAGCCUUUGAAGAGAAAGCAAUCGAGAAGGUGGAUGACCUGCUGGAGAGCUACAUGGGCAUUCGGGACAGUGAGCUGGCGGCGACGAUGGUGGAGCUGGGGAAAGACAAGAAGAACCCGGAUGACUUCGCAGAGGCUCUCGACGAGACGCUGGGAGACUUUGCGUUCCCCGACGAGUUUGUGUUUGACGUGUGGGGGGCGAUCGGCGAUGCCAAGGCGGGGAGAGUGUAGCUCACAGCACUCGAGAACCGGACCUUCUCACUGCUUCACAUUGAGGAUGGUACCGUACCCCCUUUGCAGGGCUUGUGAACAAGAAUACUGACCGUGAAAAUCAAAAGAAGACUCAAUCCAUGUGAUAUAUAACUUCUUACAGGAGUUGGAUGUAAAAUUAGAAAUGCCUGCCAUAACACUGUCAGUAGGGUGUAGGACCACCAUGGGCAGCCAGAACUGAGUCACUGUCUUUCAAGCUAACCCACAGUCUUAUUCAAUUUCAUUCUAUGAGUGGCUGGUAAUACAUUCUUUUAUGAUGUUCUCUCCUGCGUGCAUUGUCAGUAGCCAGACACUGUUUGCUGUCCAGUUUGUUUACAUACCCAUAAAGCACACACACUAGACAGAGAGCAGGGCUGGCAGAGUUCAAUGACACACGGUUUGAAUGGCAUGAGGAAGGGUGUUCAAACCUGGCACAAAGGAUUCUCCAGAGAAGCUCAAGUCAGGUCAAAGCAGAGCUGGAGAGAAAAUAUAAGAAUCCAGAAUCACUGCAUGGUUGCAAAAAGGAAAUACAGAAUUACUUCAAAUGAAUGCCGCCCUCGAUUAACGCCUCACUCGGAUAUCGGCUUUUUAAUAGACGCCGCCCUCGAAUAAACGCUGCUCUCAAAGAAACAUAAAGGUUUUUUUUUUUUUCUACACCUGCUCAAAAAAUAAAGAAAAAAACGUGCAACUCUGGCUAUGUGCAUGUGACGCCCCGAAGAGACUGCAGCCUCAGUCCAGCAUGUAAUACAAAUUAAUGCACACACACCUUAGUAAGCACAUUGUAUUUUAUGGUACAGUCCCGACAGACAACCCGAGAUGAACUACUUGCAGCACAGCAGUCCUUAACAUCAGCCAACACAGCAGGGAUAAACAAGGGCUGUCUAUUUACCUCGUCGUCAGCUUGGGUGGUGAAAACUGAAACUCGGAGGAAGCUUUGCCGGUCACUGUAAGUGCCAUCCGAAAGCUGGACAAAGAUGUCUUCUUGUAGGAGGUUUGGUUGUUUUUUAUAUUCAAUUGGAAUUUUACUCAGUCCUGUACAAUUAUAUAUAAAAUAAAUGAAAACAUAAACGUGCUUACUAUAUAUGAGAAGAUUUAGUUUCGGUUUCAAACCAAUAUUCAGAGGGAAUAUUUUUCGUUAAGAAAAACAACCGCAUCACACUCAACUACCGUUCUCUCUCUCUCUCUCUCUCUCUCUCUCCUCUUCUUGUCCUACCCCAUAGCAACCUAUACACCCUCCUGAUUCGCUGGUACAGUACUCCACUGACCUCCCAACUCCCACCUAAUAGGCUCUCGUUAACUGUCAGUAAAUGUACUGCCCCAAAAACACAUGAGUGCUGCAGAUUGGAGUCUCACGGCGCUGCUUCUAAAAUGCCUUAAAUCCCGUAAUAAAAUAUUGCAGCGUUUGUAAAGCAUAGUAUUCUUAAUCCUCGUUUAAGGGCCGCAGUCAUUUUGAUCAAUUUAAAAUAAACGCUGCGAUGCCAAAUUGAACAAAUUUGAAGUAAUACCGUAUAGAUAUAUAUAUUAAAAAAAAAAAAAAGCAACUAGAAUUACAUUUGAAACUAUUGUCUAAAAAUAGCAUUAUAAACAAUUACAGAAAACAUGUAAGGUCACCCCAUUCUUAAUAAUGUAAACAUUGUUUUUAAAAUCUUUAAUAAACAGUAGGGUGUAGGGUCCCCACAGGCAGCCUGGGUGACGCUGGUUCAAUGUGGCCGUGGCUGCAGGUGUUUAAAAGGCCAGGAGGGGUGCGUGACCAUUCCUCCUUGAUUACCAGCCUCUUAGUCCUUCUGGGAUGUUUGAAUGGGGAAGGGGUAUUCAGAAUGGGCCAUAGAAAGAGUCCUGACUUCCCAGACUGCUCCUUGUACAUUGUAAGCAAUUUGGGAAUCAUCUUUUAAAGCCUGUCUUGCUAUUGUUUUAUUGUUGAUCCAAACCCUUGUAAAAUGAAGCUGCUGGGUUACGACUAAGAUUCAAGCCCCACAUAAAUGCUUCAUUGGAGCAGCGGAAGCAGGACGGGGCUCGGUGAGAAUGGAUAGACAGGGACCAGUGGAAACACUGGGGUUUUAAACCUGGACUCUGGGAAUGAAACAGCACCCAACUGAAGCCAUUUCGCUUGGAUUCUUCAGAAGCAUUGGGCUUGAAACAUGGCAAGCAAAUUGCUUUACUGUUCUACGGGAAACCUUUGAGCUGCUAUUGGAAGAUAUCCUCCGUGAGUAGCACACAAGUCUGAUAUUCUUCCCACUCCAUCUUUGGCUGGUAAAACUGCCACAUGGCCCACAGAGGGAGCUGUUUCCCAUGAUCACGUCAUGUUGUUCAAUGUGAUCUCCAUUUGCUUCAGUUGUUUUUCUUCUCUCAUUGGCAUUGGGCAUGUGACACUUUAUGGUAAUGGCAGAAAUACAUGUUUAAUUAAUUGAUAUGCAGAUAAGCAUUUACUGAAGCUCCUUGUUAAUAUCCGGUCAGAUAUGCAAUAGCAGUGCUUGUGUGUGUGUGUUAACCGUUCGCACUAACAGAUAUUGAAUGCAUAAAAAGAAAGCAGUGCAAAGCAAUGAAGUUCUGGAAUAACACUGAGCUCUUGUCAUUUUCACAGUCCUGUGUGAGCUUGUGUGCAAGGUGCAGCAGUGAGAUGCAUUUUCAUUGGAAACUCAGCCUACUGAAUUGCUGUUCUCUGUGACUGAUGCCUUUGCCUUUGCUG